AUGACUUCUCCCGCACCGAGAUUUGACUCUCCAGAUGUCGACCCUAGUGCAUUGGGCAAGCCCCUUCAGUUCACCUUCUCUGGCCGCUCAGCGCCGAAUCGUUUCAUGAAGGGUGCUAUGAGCGAGCGUCUCGCAUCAUUUUCCUUGAAUGAUCUUGCUUCCCGUGGUAUCCCAUCACCUGCUUUGAUCCAAGCGUACCAGGGCUGGGGCGAGAGCCAAGUGGGUAUCAACCUCACUGGCAAUGUUAUGAUUGAUCCUGGUCACCUGGAAGCAGCCGGUAACCCAGUCAUCCCGCGAGACGCAGAAUUCUCUGGUGAGCGUUUUGAGCGUUUCCAGGAGCUCGCGGCUGCCGGGAAAGCGAACGGGAUGCUCAUCAUUGCCCAGGUCGGGCACCCAGGUCGCCAAACUCCUCAACAUCUGCAACCCAAUCCUAUCAGUGCAAGUGAUGUGCAGGUGAAGGGUGAGCCUAUGGGCAUGAAAUUUGCAAAGCCCCGUGCCGCGACUGAAGAAGACAUUGCAAAUAUCAUUGACGGCUUUGCCCAUGCCGCUGAAUACCUCGAGAAAGCUGGAUUUGACGGCAUACAACUCCAUGGUGCACACGGCUAUCUUCUUAGCCAGUUCUUGUCUCCAACCACUAACCUGCGCACCGAUAAAUACGGUGGUGACCUGAAGAACCGCAUGAGAUUGAUCUUGGAAGUCAGAGACGAGAUCACUAAGAGGGUCCGCAAGGACUUCGUGGUCGGCAUCAAGAUUAACAGUGUCGAGUUCCAAGAGAAGGGAUUCCAGCCUGAUGAAGCUAGGCUGCUCUGCGCAGCUCUUGAAGAACACUCUUUUGACUUUGUUGAACUAUCCGGUGGUACCUACGAAAUUUCUCCAAUGUCUGAGCAUAAGCGACCCUCCACGGUCGAGCGCGAAGCCUUGUUCCUCGAUUUCGCCAAGAUCAUUGUUCCUGGCUUGACAAAAACAAAGUCAUAUGUCACUGGCGGUCUCAGGACCGUCGGAGGAAUGGUCAAGGCGCUAGAGACCGUGGACGGAGUUGGUCUUGGACGCCCUCUAUGCCAGGAGCCGAACUUGUGCGCGCACAUCCUGUCCGGUAAGGUCAAGGGAGCUCUCGUCCAAAAAAUCAACAUGUAUGAAUUCGGUGCUACAGCUGGUGCAUCGGGUGUUCAGAUUUUGCAGAUGGGCAGCCACCUGCAACCAAUUGACCUGUCUCAGGAAGCCAAUGUGGCGAUGCUCUUCGGCGCCUUGGGUCCAUGGGCUGCUGCUAGACAAAAAGAUCUGGAGCUUUAUGCGUUCCCUGCUAUUGCCGGUUACGAUACGCCCUACUCUGCCUCUACCCUGCUAUGA